UUUCCCCCUUUUCCUCGCUCGCUGUCUUCGGCAGAUCGGCUUGCUCCUACUACUCGGACUCUCGGAGACUGCGUGCGGUGCUUUGCUGCGGAUUUCCCCAGUCGUCGUCGACCUUCGCACUUCCCUCGAUUUACUACUUGCUGCUUUCCGGCGAAAGCCCUAGCUAUCUUCAACAAUGCAGUGUGCAAUCUCUGGCGACGUGCCGGUGGAGCCCGUUGUGAACGCCAAGUCUGGCCUUCUGUACGAGAAGCGCUUAAUCGAGGGGUUCAUUAAUGAAACUGGAAAAUGCCCUGUAACUGGGGAACCUCUUACAGGAGAUGAUCUGAUACCCAUUAAAAUGGGGAAGAUUGUGAAGCCCAGAACCGUUCAGACAGCUAGCAUUCCUGGAAUGCUUGGCAUGUUUCAGAAUCAAGGUAAUUCUAAUUGCAGGAAUGGGAUGGGCUCAUGUUAUCCAAUUUUGCUUUGGAACAACAACUACAUACUGCACGACAGGAGCUCAGUCAUGCACUCUACCAGUGCCAUUUAUCUCAUAAUGCCAUUUGCUUGGGUUAGACUCAUUAUUUGUGGCAAGCAUGAUGCAGCCUGCCGUGUAAUUGCAAGACUUAAAAAGGAAAGGGAUGAAGCAAGAGCAUUCCUUGCACAGUCAGAUAGACAGAUUCCUAUGUCGGCCACAUCAACUGCUGCAGCUAAUACUUCUGCUGUUGCUAAUGGAAAAAGAGCAGCGGAUGAUGAUGAUUUGGCCCCUCCUGGAAAGAAGCUUCGUCAAGGAAUUUCAACUGACAUAAUUACUGAGCUAACAGAAUGUAAUGCUGCCCUUUCACAGCAACGUAAAAGGCGACAGAUUCCUCCAACCUUGGCAUCUGUUGAAGAGUUGGGGAGAUACACCCAACUUUCCAGUCAUCCACUUCACAAGACAAACAAGCCAGGAGUCACAUCUAUUGACAUCCUUCAUUCCAAGGACAUUAUUGCCACUGGAGGAGUUGAUUCCACAGCCGUACUCUUUGAUCGCUCAUCAGGACAAAUCCGAUCAACACUUAGUGGUCACACAAAGAAGGUUACUAGUGUGAAAUUUGUAGCUGAUGGUGGAACGUUCUUGACAGGAUCAGCCGAUAAGACUGUUCGUAUAUGGCAAGAAUCUGAAGAUGGGAACUAUGAUUGCCGACACAUUUUACGGGAUCAUACUGCUGAGGUUCAAGCUGUCACUGUCCAUGCCACAAAUAACUACUUUGUGACGGCCUCUCUUGAUAAUACAUGGUGCUUCUAUGAUCUUUCUUCGGGUUCAUGCCUAGCUCAGGUUGCUGCGGACACAGACAGUUCCAACCCUGAAGGGUACACGGCUGCUGCCUUCCAUCCUGAUGGUCUCAUUCUUGGAACUGGCACGUCUGGAGCUAUUGUCAAAAUUUGGGAUGUUAAAAGUCAGGCCAAUGUUGCCAAAUUUGACGGGCAUGUUGGGCCAGUAACUGCCAUAUCUUUCUCUGAAAAUGGUUACUUCCUUGCUACUGCUGCACAUGAUAGCGUUAAGCUUUGGGAUUUGCGCAAAUUGAAGAACUUCCGGAGUCUGAAUCUUUAUGAUGCAGAUACGCCAACUAACUCUGUGGUAUUCGACCACAGUGGCUCUUACUUAGGAGUUGCUGGCUCAGACAUAAGAGUUUUCCAAGUAGCUAGUGUAAAAGCAGAUUGGAACUGCGUCAAAACUCUUCCCGAUUUAUCCGGAACAGGGAGAGCAACAUGUGUUAGAUUUGGUCCAGAUGCGAAAUACCUUGCUGUAGGAUCGAUGGAUCGAAACCUCAGAAUAUUUGGGAUGCCCGAUGAAGAUGCUGAAGCACCACAGCCAGAGUCAUAGGAAUCAACUGGUCGGAGAGUGAAGCCACCUAGUCUUUUUGGCAUUCGAGAACAUUAUUUCAUUUUUGCUUCCACUGGGAUCGGAGGAAUUUUCCAGCAAGGGAGCAGUAGAUCAAAUGGUAGAUUCUAAAGUGUUUCCAUGGUGUGGGUUCCUUAGCCUCCAACAGAGGUUGUCGAUGAACCUUCCUAGGGAGUUGUAUUUAGAACAUCUGAGUUGGUAGAUUCACUGAAACACUGGUUGGUACAGCUAAUGAGAGUUCGAUUUGUAAGGUAGCUUCGAAUUUGCGGAUGAUGAUAUUCUGUUCUAUUCGAUUUGGUUGCAAGAGAAAAAUUCUCCACCUUUCACCAUUGUAGCUAAUUCGGCUUGAUGUUCACCUAUUAUUUGGGCAACAAUAUGGGAUCUGUCUUCUAAGUUCUAACUAUUGGUUGGUUAAAUUAGCUGCUGCUUCUGAGCAUCGCUCCCUCCUUCGUCCCAACUCCGCGCGGGAUAAGGAUUGUACAUCUAUGCAACUGCUAUACUCUACUACUUGAAUUCAAAUUUCCAAAACUGGAGUUGGAAUUCCAACCAGUGCUUAAUAUGACCAUAUGUCCCUACCAACUGAAUCCAAAACUAGAAC